UUUUACAAAUUUUUUAUAUAUCAAAUAUAUAAAUAUUUCUCACAAAGUUAAAAAAAGGGAAGAAGACGCCAUAAUAAAAUUUGCAAUUUGCAAUUCCCAACUACCUAUCGUCUUCUCUGAAUGCACUUUUCAUAAUCAGAUUCCACACUCUCAUAUACAUAUAUUUCCGGAUCUUCUCCAAAUCUCCUUUCCAGAAACUACUCUUUUUUUUUUUUUUUGGGAAUUUCCCAGUCCUUCGAGAUGAGCACGGGAGAGCUUCUCAGCAUCGAACCUCUAGAGCUCAAAUUUCCAUUUGAAUUGAAGAAGCAGAUCUCUUGUUCUCUUCAAUUGUCCAAUAAAACUGAUAAUUAUGUUGCUUUCAAGGUCAAAACGACAAAUCCAAAGAAGUAUUGUGUUCGACCAAAUGCUGGGAUUGUUUUGCCUCGGUCCACAUGUGAUGUUAUAGUUACAAUGCAAGCGCAAAAGGAGGCUCCUGCUGAGAUGCAAUGCAAGGACAAGUUUUUGCUUCAGAGUGUGAGAACACAUGAUGGUGCAACUGCAAAGGAUAUCAAUGCUGAAAUGUUCAAUAAGGAGGCGGGGCAUCAAGUUGAAGAGUGCAAGUUGAGAGUGCUCUAUGUUUCUCCACCUCAACCGCCUUCUCCUGUUCCAGAAGGGUCUGAGGAAGGGUCUUCGCCGAGGGGUUCUGUGUCAGAUAAUGGAAUUGCAAAUGGUGCUGAGUUUUCUAAUGCUUCAAGAGCAUUUGCUGAGCGGUUUGAACCUCAAGACAAAUCGUCAGAGGCAAAAGCUCUUAUUUUAAAGCUGACCGAUGAAAAAAAUAGCGCUAUUCAACAAAAUACCAAGCUUCGUCAAGAAUUGGAACUCCUGAAACGUGAAGGCAGCAAAAACCGUGCUGGUGUCUCAUUUAUGUUUGUCAUCUUUGUUGGGUUGCUUGGCAUAAUUUUGGGGUAUCUCAUGAAGAAGUCAUAAACAACAGUCCUCCAUUGAACCUUGGCCCAUAAUUUUCCUCUCAUUUCCUUUCUGUCAGCAAUCAAAGAAUGAUGAUGAAAGGAAAAGAAACUAAUGACAGAAUCAUGGUGCAUUUCUUAGUUAGCUUUAUGGAAUUAGCAAACUUAUUUAGAUCAGAUCAUGUGUUUGUAGUGGAGGAGCAUUCCUAUGACUCGUAUUUUUAUUGACAUGCAUUCUUUUUGUAACCUAAGAUGAUCCCUUUUUUUUUUUCUCCUUUUUUUUUUUCCUUUCUUUUGUGCUUCACCUUGAGAGAUUCUGGUAUAGAUGAUACCCAAGAUUUAAUAAUCUAUGCGUCUCCACCGUGCUGGAAAUUAGAGUGACA